UGUAGCACAAUGAUCUUCUUUGAAGGAUACAUCAUUGUAUGGGAAGCUGGGUGUGCACACAUCUUGGGAAUGUAAUUCUCUCUGUUCUUGCAAUGUGCCAUUUAUUCUGUGAAGAUGGGGCAAUGCAGCUUUUGAAAUCAGAAGCGCACUUAACAUUUGGUUUGAUGAAGAGGAGAAAAGUUACGAUCUAGCAGGUCAUCCCUAGAAUGCAUCCUUUAAAAACCAGGCUUGCUCAGUUGUUGAUACACAGAUGUGUUCCUUGAAGUAGCCAUGAAGACUUUGACUGCAUGUCUCCUUGUCGGGCUUUUAGCCCUUUGGAUGGAAUUUCCCUCAACAAUUGCAGUGAGAAUUCCACGAGGUUCAGUGGCAUACAGUGCCACAGAGACCAGUGACUUCAUUAGGGAGGUACAGAGGUUGUGGCCCACACCAGGUGAUGCCAUCAGAGGGGUUGACCCAACCAUGGGAGUAAACAGAGUUCAGUGGGAAGCUCUGCAGCAGAAAAAGGCUGUAGGAGGGCAUCAGAGCCCUCAAAGAUCUGCAGCCAAGAUCUACAGGCUCACACUGGUUCCUGAGGUCAUCAUGAAGAGACUGACGGCUUUCCUCCUUGUGGGUCUUCUAGUCUUUGAGGUAGAAUUACCUUCCACCACUUGUUACAGAGUUCCAUUAGAGUUUUCUCGUUUUUGCCAUGGAAAUCCAUUUUAUUGCUCUAUACCAGGAAUAAUCCGUCGCUGCAGACAUGACUAUGACUGCCCACAAAACCUAAGAUGUUGUAACUAUCGUUGUGGCAGAAGCUGCAGAAUGCCACUGCCGCCGCCACCACCACCACCACCACCACCUCCAAUGAUGCCUUGGAAUUGCCAACGAUUUCCGCAUAGCUGCCCUGUCCCCGGGAUACAUCGUUGUGGUCAUGACCGUGACUGUCCAGGAAGACAACGAUGCUGUUACCACAAUUGUGCCAGGGGCUGCAGAUAAGGAAACAACUUUCUAUCCAACUGAAUAUUGAUACCAUCUUUUUCUGGAUCUUCUCAUCUCAGUUUCAGAAACUGAAGAACAUGCAUGAACAGAAAAGGAGCUCCCUUUUGUCUUAAAUAUUUGCAGUUAGACUUCUGGGGGAUUUUUUUUUGCAUGGGCUAUAUACGUAUCUUUUAUAUAAAUUACACAUAUCAAAUAUUAAUGAUAAACAAUCAUGCUGUUGUUGUGACAUCCCAUGUAGAAGGCAAGAUUUACAGCAAAAUUCCUCUCAAGAUACUUUUUUGAGCUGAAUUUGUUCUAGCUUGCUAGUUGGGGCUUCUGAAAGUUGGGGUCCACAAAAAUAAUAUUUUUAAACUCUGAAAUAGGGAUGUUGGAAUUUUCACAAAAAUGAAAAUCUUUCAGGAUCCAUUUUAACCUUUCCUUCUUGUUUGCUUCUUCUUUUUCCACAAUACCUAAAAGAAGGAAGGGAAGACAAUUAUAUUCAAAUGGUUGCCUAUUGUAAGGCUGCUCCUAGUCCCCUUCAUGGUGAGAAGGGCAGGGUAUAAAUACAGUAAAUAAAUGCAUUAUAUUUAGGCACAUUGUUGCAUAAUAUAUAUACAAUGCACUA